AUGAACGCCACCCUCGCCGCCGCCGCCUCUCCGCGCCCAAAACGCAAGGGCUCCGUCCGCAGACCCCGCGCAGCUUCCCAUCUCCCCCCCGUCCAGACCCAGGAAACUCACGACCUCGCCCUCCAGUCCAUCCGCGCCUUCCUCAAGGGCCGCGCCUCCUACGAUGCCUUCCCCGUCAGCUUCAGGCUCAUCGUCCUCGAUUCGGAACUAGAGGUAAAGAAGGCCCUCCAGUGCCUCUUGACAAACGGCGUCGUCUCCGCUCCGCUAUGGAACAGCGAGAGAUCUCAGUUUGCCGGAAUGUUCACGGUAUCCGACAUCAUCCACCUCAUCCAGUAUUAUUACCACACCUCCUCCUACGACAACGCCGCCGCAGACGUGGAAACCUUCAGGCUCGAAUCCCUCCGAGACAUAGAAAAGGAACUGGGCGUCGCCACCCCUCCCCUGCUGUACGAGCACCCGAACAGCUCUCUAUACGACGCGGCCCGAGUCCUCAUACACUCCCAUGCCCGCCGCCUCCCCCUGCUUGACUACGACUCUGAAACAGGUCACGAAGUCAUCGUCUCCGUCCUCACCCAGUACCGUCUGCUCAAAUUCAUCUCCAUCAACUGCACAAAGGAGAUGCAGUCCCUCCAUCUGCCCCUCCGCAAACUCGGCAUCGGCACAUACAUCUCAAAGCCGCUGUUCUCCACGGACGACGGCGAGAUGCCCCCCGGCCACAAUCGAUAUCAUCCCAUCGCCACCGCCACCCUGUCCACCACCGUCUUCGACGUCGUGCACAUGUUCUCUGAGCGCGGCAUCUCGGCCGUGCCCAUCGUCGACGAGAACGGCGUGGUCGUCAACCUCUACGAGACCGUGGACGUGAUCACCCUCGUGAAACUCGGGGCUUAUCAGUCCCUCGACCUGACGAUAUCAGAGGCCCUCAACCAGCGAUCGCCAGACUUUCCGGGCGUCGUGAUCUGCACGGGAGCCGACUCGCUGGGCACCCUGCUGCAGCUGAUCAAGAAGCGGCGCGUGCACCGGCUUGUCGUUGUCGAGGGCGAUAAGGGGCGGCUGCUGGGCGUCCUGACGCUCUCGGACGUCCUGCGAUAUGUCAUCGGCGACGUGGGGAUCAAGGAGUCGACCGAACCAGCAGAAGAGCCCCCGGCGGCGGCGGCGGCGGCGGCGUCGAGCUGA